GCGGCUGCCGACGCCAGGAGGAAACAGGGCCUACUAGGCUGAGGAGAAGGAAGGAGACGCGGCGGCACCACCAAGCGGCCGAGGGGAGAGGCCCGCCUGCCUGCCUAUCGCUGCCGCACCUCAGCGAGCCUGGCUGUCCGUGUGACUGAGGCGGCUCCUUUCCCGUCCGGUCGGCCGCGGCUCCUCCUGGGCUGAGAGGAAGGCGGAUGGCGGCAACAUCCGGGGCCUCCGGGGCGGCGGUCGCGGCGGCGGCGGUCGUGGGAGCGGCAUCCGGCGCGGCCCCGGCUCUCUACGCCUGUACCAAGUGCAACCAGCGCUACCCUUUCGAAGAGCUCUCUCAAGGACAGCAGCUCUGCAAGGAAUGUCGCAUUGCACAUCCCAUUGUAAAAUGUACUUACUGCCGAUCGGAGUUUCAGCAAGAGAACAAAACGAACACGAUAUGCAAGAAGUGUGCCCAAAACGUGAAGCAGUUUGGAACGCCAAAACCUUGUCAGUACUGCAACAUAAUUGCAGCUUUUAUUGGCACAAAAUGUCAGCGCUGCACAAACUCUGAAAAGAAAUAUGGACCACCUCAGACAUGUGAACAGUGUAAGCAGCAGUGUGCUUUCGAUCGCAAAGAGGAGGGAAGAAGAAAGGUUGAUGGGAAGCUGUUGUGUUGGCUCUGCACUCUGUCCUACAAGAGAGUACUGCAAAAGACAAAGGAACAGAGGAAGAGCUUAGGGACUUCACAUUCUAAUUCCUCCUCCACAUCUCUUACUGAAAAAGACCAGCAUAAUUUGAAACACCACCACCAUCACCGUCAUCACCACCACCACCGUCACAGCAGUGGCCAUCACAAAAUCAGCAGUCUGAGUCCAGAGCAAGAUCAGGGAUUGUGGAAACAGAGCCAUAAAUCCUCUGCAGCUAUUCAGAAUGAAACUCCAAAGAAAAAGCCCAAAAUGGAAUCCAAGCCAUCUAAUGGAGAUAGUAGUUCUAUAAAUCAGUCAGCAGACAGCGGAGGUACUGACAACUUCGUCCUCAUAAGUCAGUUGAAAGAAGAAGUGAUGUCACUGAAACGUCUCUUGCAGCAAAGAGAUCAAACGAUUCUGGAAAAAGAUAAAAAGUUGACAGAACUGAAGGCAGACUUUCAGUAUCAAGAGUCGAACCUGAGAACAAAGAUGAACAGUAUGGAGAGAGCUCACAAGGAAACUGUAGAACAGCUACAGGUAAAACAGCUUCAAGCUACUCAAACAGGUUGCAGCAUUAUCGAAGGGCAAGAAGUUUGAUAAGAGUGGGAGUAUGCUGACAUCUCCAUGAAGAGCUGGCUAUUUGCAUGGGUGUUAAUAUUCAAAAGGUAAAUGACUCUGGAAACUUCUUAGAAGCGUGUGUAGUAGGGAAAACAAUAUUUUUGCAGACAGAGUAGUUGGCAUGUUUCGUACACUUUUUGUAACUGAUAAUGCAGUGGAACUUCUUUUUUUAAGUUUAAACCAUUUGGAUUAAAAUACUUCAGCCGGCUUGAAGAAAGCUUUUUAAAAAUAUAUAUACAGGAGAUGACUUUUUGCCAGUUGUUUGUGAUCAGUAAGAGUGCUCUUAUUUUUAACUACAUCAUGCAAUAACAAAUACAUGAAUGGCAGCAACUUGAGAGAGCAAUCCACCCCACACCGCUGUUGUGAAGACUCAUUAAUUUAAAUUGGGUUUAUACAAGGCAGCUGGGCAAGAACUUGUCUGGGAGCUGGGCAGACUUGCAUCAAGAAAAAUAACUCAACCAUAUCAAUAUAUCUCAGCAGCAACUAGUUCAGAAGCAGAAGCACUUGGAUACCUAGCAACUGUGCUUUACCUUUUUGGUCAAAAUAAGAGUACACGGAAGACUAAAAUCAUGGUGCUUUUAUUAUGAGAAGCUUAAACCUAUAAAUAUAUGUAAAAGAAUUUUAACAGUUUUAUUCUUAGUGAUAACUGGUGUUUUGCAUUUCUUGUCAUAGAAAUUUAAAGAGAGUCUCUAUUGUAAGUACCAGAACAAAAUGUGGUUUUUGAAAAUAUACUGUAGACUUUUCUCUUGAAAGUGCCUUUUCACCCAACUGUUUAUUUAUAGGAAUGUUGGUAUUUUGUAUAUAAGGUUUUUUCCUUUUUUAAAAAAAGAAAUCAUGUUUAAAUGUUCCCGUGUGUUUGUAUGUGUGUGUGUAUAUAUAUAUAUAUAAAUAUAUAUAUAUAAAUGUAUGUACAGAAGAAUCCAAUGCUAAGAUCAAAGUUGUUGGGAUGCUAGAUAAGGUGCUAAGAACUGGCAGACAAUGAAUUUUGGCUGUAGAUAACUGUAACAGAUGUGUCUGUGUAGAGAGUAUUUGUCUUAACUCUUGUGGUGCCUAACUUAAUGUUUUUGAGGGGGAUUUUUUGGCCACGUUCAACCGUAGGGAUUUUAAAAUAUUUCUCCUUUUUAUCUCAGUGCUAACUUGCAUUGUAUUCUCAGUGGUGUAUUCUAAAUUGAAUGAUACGGGAACAGUAUUUGAGCUGAUGUAACUCUACACACAUAUAUAUAUAUAUAUAUAUUUUUAAUAACACUGCAAUGUAACUUAAUGCCUUUUUAAAUUGCUAUGUUAACAUGCCUUUUUAUUUCUGUACAAUAAGGAAACAGCAGUCCCGCACCAAAAGCUUUACAUUGCUAAGGGCAGAGUCACACGGUAGUUCUGUUCUGUGACAAAUAACAUGGGAGCCAAAAGAAACGCUGGAAAUGCCCCUGAACACCUUGCACUGAGAACAAAGACACCAGCUGCAUGGACUGCAUCACCUCUGCUGGUGAGUCAUGUAGUCUGGUGGUAUCAGUGACACCUGAAGCACCUCAUGCAAUAUAGGGAUUAGAUGAGCCUAAGCAGAACAUCCUGUUCCCUAAUAAAAAGCCAUGCACACAUGCCCUGAGUUAGUUACUUUCAAACCAUGUGGUGGGGAAACCCUGUAAUUUCAUGGAAAUAUCAGUGUCAUACGAGAUUAGCUGAAAGAUAGGCAGCUUGUGCACCACUACUUAUUUUCAAUGUAGAGGUGUGUCCUGGGUGCACUCAAUUCAUUCCGGACAGUGGUGAGGCCCAUAAAGGCUGGCCAACCUUGCAGAAACCAUCUGUGCACCAUGGAAUGGGUCCCAGAACAUUGUGUAACGUGCAAGAAUUCUGCAGCAGGUGGGCCAGUGGUUUCCUCAGCAGACGUCCAUCAAUGUGAAAAGCAUUCCCUGAAGGUAGAAGGUUUGAGAGGCAGUGUCCUAAAGGAAAUUACAUGUGCUGUAUUAUUUAAAUUUGAAAUAUUCCCUUUGGGGUGAUAAUACGAUCAGAACAGUCAAGGCUUGUUCUCGCAAACAUGAUUUCAUUUUAAAAAUAAAGAAGCUGGUUUUCCAUAAAACGGAAAUCUCGUUGAUUCAAGGGUGCUCAAUUUACAGUCAUAGGAAUUGUACUUCAGCUGGCAUUGAUGUGGCUUUGGUUCUCCAGCUACCUGAAGACUGGGAGGAUUUGUUCCCAAGAGACUACUGAAUAAUUGUAAUUUGAAAAGGGAAAAGAAGCUGCUUUCUACAAUAUUGAGAUUUUUUUUAAUUUUUUGUACACUAAGAUGAACUUUGUACAUUUAUAAAUACUUUUUGCUGAUCUUACAUGGUAACACAGCUAGGGUAGAAUAUAUACUGCUGCUAUCCUGUUAGACUGUUUAGUCAUUGAGAAACUUUUUUUUUUAAAUUACUGACUUCCAUUUCAGAGUAUUUUGAUACUUUUUCCAGUUAAAUGGUUGCCUGUCACUGGUGGAUUUGUGUUUUUUAAAAAUAAAAACUGGUCAAAACUUCACGGGAAACUGACCCACUUUCUGAUCAUUUUCAUUUAAACCUGCUUAUGCUGCAAUAGGAACAUUCUAGAGGAAAAGUCCCAACAUUUUAGUUUUUAAGUACUGGAGACGUACAAAGCCCGUUAUGAAAGCAUUUACAGACUUCACAGUGUUUAGAAAUUAUUUUGGAUUUUUAAAUAUGUCCUCUCUAACUUGGACUUUUAAAAGCUAGAAACUAGCAAGUGGAAUCCUGGAGUUGUAGGUUAUUUUCACAAUGAGCUUUUUUAAUGUAUACUUUCAAGAUGAUACAUUGUACUAUAUAAUGUGGAUUUAAGUCAGUUUUCAGCUGUUAACAUUGAAUAAUAAAAGUUUUACUUCAGCUUGAGUUAUUUAUGUAUUUUAAGCCUGUGAAUAUUGCAAUUCCUUUUUUUAAGUUAGAAUGUCUAUGUCCAUUCUGAGUUGAAGCUGUACAGCUUACUACGUGUGUGUGUGUAUGUAUAUACACACUAUUGGAAUUCUGUACUGGCACACAUUUGACAGUCAACAUUUUUGUACUUUUUUUCUAAAUCCAAUAUUUCACAAUAAAAGUUUGUUAAAACGUCA